AUGUACUUCAUGAGGUUCAUCCACGACAGCGGGAAGCCGUACCUAAGAGGCACUUUUAUCAUAUCCCUCUCCCUAUUAUCCUCGGUUCAGGCUCUGAGGUCCGGCCAAAUCGUUUUAGCUGAAGAGAAACCUGGUAUAGUCGACCUCCCAAAUGGGGUGAAGCUUCGGGGUACUAUUGGAGGUUCAUUCAAAUUGCGCCAUGUCCUUCAUCACGGCGCGGAAAGGUAUCCCGAGCUCCUACGACGUUUAGAUGUGACUGGAGACGAGUUGAUCUGGGGAGUAGAAAACGAACAGUAUUCGCCCUACCCAAGUCUCCAGGUCAAAUCCCGCCUUAUCGAUAUCUCUCGGCUUCGGGAUAGAUCGGUAGAAAGUGUAGAAGGGCGGCUGGCUGCCGCACGGUAUUGGGGAUACCAAUUAGACACACCACUUUCCGCUUGGACAACUGAGCAAGAGUCCGCCCCCGAUAUAACGGAUAAUGAAACAGUACUCAACCUUGCCAAGAUGAGCGCAAAUGCCUACGUUCAUAUUCCUGCCACCGAAGACUGGAGGGAUGUCGGCACUCCGUGGAACAAAUCGGCUGGGUUCGGGUGGGAAAAUGACGGGCUGCGUGGACAUGUCUUCCUCGACGACAAAAACUCUACUGUUAUCAUCAGCAUCAAGGGAACUUCAGUCGCCAUAUUUUAUGGGGAAGAAACAAAGACUAACGACAAAGUUAACGAUAACCUCUUCUUUUCCUGCUGUUGUGCAAGGGUCUCCGCAUUUUGGAACACAGUUUGCGAUUGUUAUACAGGCACAUAUUCCUGCAGCAACCCGUGUCUCUCAAGCGCUCUCAAAGCGGAAAACCGGUAUUACCGAGCUGCACUUAAUCUCUACUAUAAUAUCACCAGUCUCUACCCCGACGCCCAGGUUUGGCUUGUAGGGCACUCUCUGGGUGGGGCAGUCUCCUCCCUACUAGGCCUGACAUACGGCUUACCGGUGGUUACAUUCGAAGCCCCACCUGAAGCCCUAGCAGCGAGAAGGUUGGGUAUACCGAAAGCCCCGUCGGAACUCCGCCAAGACGGUGUUUAUCACUUCGGUAAUAACGCUGACCCAAUUUACAUGGGUGUUUGUAACGGCGUUACCUCCUUUUGUUCAAUCGGGGGUUAUGCGAUGGAGACAAAGUGCCAUACGGGAAGCUUGUGCCUUUAUGAUGUUGUCAACGACCUUGGUUGGCGUAUUAAUGGAAAUUCGCAUCGAAUAAAGACAGUUAUUGAUGACAUCAUGCCAAAGUACGACAGUGUUCCGAAAUGUAUUCCAGAGGACGAAGAAUGCACAGAUUGUUUCAACUGGAAGUUCCACAACGAAAGCAUCGUCACCACUACAUCGAAGAAGACAUCAACCACAACCACGACCACCAGGUCGACGACUUGCCAAAACCCAGGGUGGUUCGGCUGCCUCGAUGAAACAUCUACUACAGUUACUUCCACGAUGAAAACCACGAUCACAACCACGACUAAUGAAUCCAUAACAACAACUUCGACAACUUGUUCAAAAUAUGGUUGGUUUGGGGACUGCAUUGAUUCAUCACCCACAAGUACACAAGCAAUAACAUCAACUCUCUUGACUAAUACCCCCACAAGUACAUUGUCUUCUGAGAAACCAUCGACCCAGCUUCCUAUUACAACCACUACUUGCCUAAAACCUGGCCGUUUCUGGGGUUGUCGGGAUUAA